GAUUCCGUCAUGGUUUGUGUACAUCCGGUGAGAUGACGGACAGUCGACUCCUGGAAAAGAACCUCGCUCACGAACCUGUUACUUCGAUAGUCCGGUGCCGGCCAAUCAAGUAAACUGUCACUCAUCCAGGAAGUGAACUAUGGAAAAUGACCUUAAAUCGAUCCUUUCUCUAUUGCCACUGAUACCAUUCAUCUGCGCUGCUGCAGCAAUAAACAGCUUAGGUCCGCCUCGCCUAAUCCCUGAAGCCUAUGUAAUGGAACGCGUAGUUCCUGAAGGGGCCAAAGUCCAACUCCCAUGUCCAGUCCAAGCCGAUCCGGAUACACUGUUUUUCGAAUGGUACCGCGGAAACGAGCCAUUAAAUAUCUUUCAUGAAGAUCGGUUUCGCGUCCAAAGUAAUGGCGUCCUCAAGAUCAAGUCAACCGUCCCACAGGAUUCAGGAGUCUACAUCUGCAGAGCUGUAAACGGUUUCGGGAAAGUAGAUACGAACGUGACUCUGGUGGUUCUUGCUUCCGGAUAUUCGACCUCUGAUUCAUCUGAAAAUUACAGACUAGGAGAAAGAGAACCACCUUACUUAACUAAUGUAACUCGAACCAUCAGCGGGCGACUAAGUCGGCCAGCAGGAGGGUCUGUUCGACUUUUGUGUAAAGCUGCUGGAAUUCCCGAACCUCAAGUGACGUGGUUGAAAAACGGUCAGCCUCUGAAUACUUCAUUUGCUUCUGGCUUGAAAAAAAGUCGUUGGAGCUUAUACAUCCGCAAUCUUCAGGAUGAAGAUCAAGGCAAUUACACAUGCAUUGCUUACAACUGGUAUGGUCAUCGAAACUACACUAUUACAGUUGAUGUCAUACCAGGGGAUCGCAAAAAGCCAGAACUCCGCGGAAUUCAUCCAGUCAACACAACUGUCGAUGAAGGGGGCUCAGCCGUUUUUCAGUGCAGAGUUAAAAGUGAAAUUCGUCCCCACGUGCAGUGGCUAAAGCAAACAGAUCCAAAUGACGAGGAAACAGACGGAAACAAGGUGAUAAAAGUCCACGGAGAUUAUUUUAGAAUUUUAAAAUCCACUGAAGUAUCCGAAAAGUCUGACGGAUCUUUCAUAAAUAAGCUGAUUCUGAACGGUGUUUCAAAAAAAGAUGCUGGAAAAUACAUCUGUUUAGGCGCCAACACGAUAGGCCAUAGUUUCCGUAGUGCCUUUCUCACUAUUCGUGGAACAUCUGAAACCUUCAUCGCCGAAAUGGAAAAAGUGGGAAACGACUCGAUCACCAUCCAGUUCAGUUCGCUCUUCAUAACCAUCCCAGUGGCACUUGUAAUCCUGAUCACAUUAAUGGCCGUCGUGUUCUUGCAUUACUUUCACAAACCCCGAGCUGAUCAAUCAGGUUUACAAGCAAAAUACGAUGGCAAGACAGAAAAGGCAGUCGUCACUCCCCCAACAGUAUACCCACAUGUCCAUGAUGUCUCAAUUAUGGGCAAUCCAAACUUCCACCAUGCACUCGAAUCAUCUGACGGUACAUGGUCUCACGUCCAGAGCUCAUUAGUCAUUGAUCCUGGACAACCAGAUUCAUUCUCCGAGUGCGACUCAUCAUUCGUGUUUUUAGGAGACCUCAACAUGUAUCCGGAUAUCAUGUAUAAGGAUAAUGGGCACGUCUUGAGUCUUUAUUCCCCAAAUCCUUCUAGUCAAGAGAAAACGCUGUACUUGGAUCGAGUUUAAUCUUUUUAUCCAUUAUGGGAUGGAAGAGUUUCCGUAUUUGAAGGUGCACAAAUGCGCUGGAAUUUUGGUUAAAAAAAUCUGCAGUUUUUCUGCAAUUAAUCGGUUGAGUAUAUCGCUUUUUUGUCAUAUUUAGCUUCAAGAAAUGAAAUGGAUGAAAUAUUAUUUUUUCACCACGACACUGCCCUAUUUGCGGGGAAUAUGUGCAAUAACUUAUUACUCCUUUCAGUGACUUAUUGCAAUUAAUAUUAUUUAAAGCACGAACGUGGCAGUUAUAAUUUUGGUUAUCAUACAAUGCAAGU